CCCUACAUGUCAAUCAAGUGCAUCCUACUGUUCUGCGUCAUGGCUUUGGCUACGGCAUUGCUGGACCCGUGUCCCGAACCGGAAUCCCUGAGGCCGUGUGGCUGCGACUUCACCGGAAUCAACUGCGUGAAGGUCAAGAACAUAUCGCAGCUCGAGGCUGCGUUCGGCGGGACCAAGAAAACCAUGCACAAGGCUCUCUGGAUCCAGGGUGUGCCCGUGGACGCUAUAAAUGCCGAUACCUUCGGGGAGUUCGUCUUCGGUAAAGCUUACAUCGAAGUCUGCAACCUGACUUCUUUCCAGCUGUCUGCACUGAACAACUCGGCCGAAUAUUUGUCGGAGCUCAGCCUAUUUGGAAACAAGCUGACGAGUGUCGAUUACAAGAGGAUUGCUGUUUUCCAGAAGCUGCGCCUCCUGAACCUGGCCCAGAACAACAUCGACCACAUCCCAGCGUUCGCGUUCAAAAACCCUUCGCUGGAGACGUUGUUGCUGAACACGAACCCAAUCAGCAGCAUCGGAGCGUUCGCUUUCAGAAAUCUGCCCAGUUUGAAGCAAAUUGAGCUGCGAUACAUUCGCGUCAAGAGGCUCGCCGCUUACUCCUUCACCAUUCCCCGGCAUAACCCGUUGCUGCAGAUUAUUCUGAGUGCCGGCCAAAUAGAGAGCAUCGACGAGAAGGCGUUCUACAAGGUGGCACCCUUGACGCUUCGACUCACAAUGAACAAGCUGGAAGAGUUCAGUGGUCCCGUCUUCAAGCCCCUGAUGGAGGCAAUGACAUUGAACGCGAAGCGGAUCAAUAAGCUAGGGCAGGCCAAGAUCGAGACCCGAGGUAACCGAUUCACCUGCCGCGGUUGCAGUUUUUCCUGGCUUACGACGCUACAAGGAAGGCCGGACUUGUACCUCAUGCUGUUCGACUUCCAAUGCAGCGAUAGGACUUCAGUAUGGAACGUCACGAACUCUCUCAUUGGCUGUCCUCGUGGAGGGCAAUAAACGCAUGAGCAUAAAUCAAUCAAUCA